GGGUGACAAGGGAGACAGUAUAAGAGCAUCUUAUGUGCAUUUUCUGGAUGUGUUGAAGAGGACUGCUGCUGUGGGAGAGAUCACUAGAAAGUUUUCCACAAACGAGAACACUUUCACAGUGGGAGGGUCAUAUGCUAUUGAUCUUCUGACUGUAGUGAAAGCUAAGCUCAACAAUCAUGGAAAGCUGGGGGCCCUCCUGCAGCAUGAGGUCAUACCAAAGUCGUUGCUGACAAUAUCUGGGGAGAUCGACACCAAGGCCCUGGACAAAAAUCCCAGGUUUGGAGUGGCCAUUGCCCUCAAGCCGUGA